AUGGUUUCAAUACAUCAAGUUUCAAUCUUUCUUAUUUGUUUAACUUGUUUAAUACCAGUAUCUCAAGCAAAAGCAUUCGCAUCAGAAGCAGAACAAACAUCAUUUAAAAUGGGAAAACGUAAACGUAUAGCACUUGUUGCACAUGACAAUAAAAAGCCUGAGCUGUUAGAAUGGGUUAAGCGUAAUCGACAACAGUUAUUACAUCAUGAAUUAUACGGUACAGGAACAACUGGUAAAUUAGUUGAACAAGAACUGAAUACAACGGUCAUUAAAUAUAAAAGUGGUCCAUUAGGUGGAGAUCAACA